AUAUUUUCCAACUUCACGGAGCUUGUACAGUCUAUGUUCCAAACACGUGUGGCGGGAGUAGCUGGCAUCGAUUAGCCCAUCUGAAACGUGAACUCGACAGCCCGGGCCAAAAACAUUCUCGCCGGGGAAACGAGGACUGGAAAACCACCUGAGUGGGUCGCCUUCCUUCGCUUAAGCGGUGAUUGAGAGUUGAACAUUACUGCGAAAAGGGCAUCUCUUUUUUUGGCUCCGAGCGCAGUAUGAAGUUCAUCCUGGUGACGGGCGGCGUGAUCUCGGGCAUCGGGAAGGGCAUCAUAGCCAGCAGCGUGGGGACCAUCCUCAAGUCCUGCGGCCUGUAUGUGACGGCCAUCAAGAUCGACCCCUACAUCAACAUCGACGCCGGAACCUUCUCCCCCUACGAGCACGGUGAGGUUUUUGUCCUGGACGAUGGGGGCGAGGUGGAUCUGGAUUUGGGGAACUACGAGCGCUUCUUGGACAUCCGGCUCACCAAGGACAACAACCUGACCACCGGGAAGAUCUACCAGUCCGUCAUCAACAAGGAGCGGAAGGGAGACUACCUGGGCAAGACCGUCCAAGUGGUGCCACACAUCACCGACGCCGUCCAGGAAUGGGUUAUGCGGCAGGCCAAGAUCCCCGUGGACGACGAUGGCGUAGAACCGCAAGUCUGUGUCAUUGAGUUGGGGGGCACGGUCGGCGACAUCGAGAGCAUGCCGUUCAUCGAGGCGUUCCGGCAGUUCCAGUUCAAGGUGAAGAAGGAGAACUUCUGCAACAUUCACGUCAGCCUCGUACCUCAGCCCAGCGCCACCGGGGAGCAGAAGACCAAGCCCACCCAGAACAGCGUCAGGGAGCUCCGGGGCCUGGGCCUGUCCCCCGACCUGAUCAUGUGCCGCUGUGCCACUCCGCUGGAGAACGCCGUGAAGGAGAAGAUCUCCAUGUUCUGCCACGUGGAGCCUGGUCAGGUGAUCUGCGUCCACGACGUGUCGUCGAUCUACCGCGUGCCUCUCCUGCUGGAGGACCAGGGCGUGGUGGAGUACUUCUGCCGCCGGCUCAACCUGCCCAUCCAGAUGCGGCCCCGCAAGAUGCUCACCAAGUGGAAGGAGAUGUCCGACAGGUCGGACAGGCUGCUGGAGCACUGCUCGAUCGCGCUGGUGGGGAAGUACACCAAGUUCUCCGACUCCUACGCCUCCGUCAUCAAGGCCCUGGAACACUCCGCCCUGGCCAUCAACCACAAGCUGGAGGUCAAGUUCAUCGACUCGGCCGACCUGGAGCCGGCCAUGCUGCAGGACGAGCCGGUGAAAUACCACGAGGCCUGGCAGAAGCUCUGCAGCGCCAACGGGGUGCUGGUUCCCGGGGGGUUUGGGGUUCGAGGCACGGAGGGGAAGGUCCAGGCCAUCAGCUGGGCCCGGAAACAGAAGAAGCCGUUUUUAGGGGUCUGUCUGGGGAUGCAGCUGGCUGUGUGCGAAUUCGCCCGGAACGUUCUGGGCUGGGAAGAUGCAAACUCCACAGAGUUUGACCCUGAAACCAAACAUCCUGUGGUGAUUGACAUGCCAGAACACAACCCUGGGCAAAUGGGCGGCACCAUGAGGCUGGGGAAGAGGCGGACCAUCUUCAAGAGCAACGCCAGCAUCCUGAAGAAGCUUUACGGUGAUGUUGAAUACGUGGACGAAAGGCACCGACAUCGUUUUGAGGUGAAUCCUGAUCUUACGCACCACUUCGAGGCGAAGGGCUUCCGUUUCGUGGGACAGGAUGUGGAAGGCGAGAGGAUGGAGGUGAUAGAACUGGACGACCACUCGUACUUCGUGGGGGUGCAGUAUCACCCGGAGUUCACGUCCCGGCCCAUUAAGCCCUCCCCCCCGUACUUCGGCCUCCUGCUCGCCGCCGCCGGGAAGCUGCAGAGCUACCUGCAGAAGGGCUGCCGCCUGUCGCCACGGGACACCUACAGCGAUCGCAGCGGCAGCAGCUCACCGGACUCUGAGAUCUCGGAGCUCAAGUUCCCGUCCAUCACCCAGGACUGACGCCGCCACACGUGGGAAGAAGAGGUCCGUGUGGAAGAGGUUGGCAGCGCCCUCUGGUGUUGGGAUGAGCGGAGAGACAGAAGUGGUUGUUUUUAAAGGGCCGUUUUAAAAAUAUAUAUCCAAUCAAUACCCAGGACAGUGAAAAGGAAGAAAUGUUUUUGCCUGUUUCCUCUCUUCCCCCCCUCCCUCCCACACUGGGCUUCUGAACUGUAAGGGAUUAUUUAUUGGAGUGCGCUCGACUCCGACUUGUCACCACCGCUUUGCCCCGAAACUCUGCGUGCUUCGUGGGACUUUCGUGUAUAUGGCCGUUUCUCUUCUAAUAAACACUGUGUGCCCUGAGACGGGGCGUCAACCUGUACCAAGGGUUCACUGUGACCAGCAAAGGGACUGACCCUUAUCCGGGAAGUGGGUCUGGGAGUGCGAGAGCUGAUCAGUAUUCACAUGGGUUUAUUAAAAACAGGUCUUGUGCACGAUAUCUAGCACCUGUGGAGUGUUCUCUGUAUAUACCACUGGGAUUCUAUACUGUAUUAAGUGCAGACAUUUACCAGUGUGGUACAUUCAAGUCCAAGGUGGACAUUUUUUUUUUUAUUGUAUUUUGCUCAGUCAUGACUUGAUACUCAGUAGGUUUAUUACCAGUACCCUGAAUGCAGAUUUACCGUUGUUUAGUUCUACUGGCCUUGUUUUAUUUUUCACACAUCAAUGCAAGUUUGAACCUCAGAAUUUGGUCAGGGGGAUGGUACUGAGCAUGGAUAUGAGAGCUGUGCAAGUGUUCUUGGGAAAUGUAGUCACCGGUACUGGGGCAGAGGUUAGCCUAUUGCAGGGUGUAAUCUAUGGUCUACUCCUCUUUGACAAUACUUUCAUAUCAAUGUAAAAAAAUAAAAAUAAAAGGUUAUGAGCCUG